AGUGGGAGGAAUAGUGCCCCUUCAUUGGUAUCAGUUGGAGGAAUAGUGCCCCAUCAUUGGUGUCAGUGUGGGAGGAAUAGUGCCCCAUCAUUGAUAUCAGAGGGGGGAAUAGUGCCCCAUCAUUGGUGUCAGUGCGGGGGGGGGGAAUAGUGUCCCAUCGUUGGUGUCGGUGGGGGGGAGGAAUAGUGCCCCAUCCUUGGUGUCAGUGGGGGGAGGAAUAGUGCCCCAUUGUUGGUGUCAGUGGGGGGAGGAAUAGUGCCCCACCGUUGGUGUCAGUGGGGGAGGAAUAGUGUCCCAUCAU